AUGGCAGCGGCGCGAGGCGAGGGGUGGCUCGUCGACGACCUGCGGGACUUCCUGGACGACUUCACCUUCAGGGCCAAGCGACUGGCCGCGCCGCUGCUGCACAAGUUCGGGCCCUCCUCCGAGCCGGGCGCGGUCGACGACGCCGAGCUCGACAAGCUCAGGUCCAGGCUCCGGCGCAUCCGCGCCACGCUCCGGGCCGCCGAGGACCGGGUGGUGGCUGACGAAUUCGUCGCACUCGGGCUCCGGGAGCUCCGGGACCUGGAGCACGCGGCCGAGGACGUGCUCGAGGAACUCGAGUUCGAGGCGCUCCGCGCGGCUCGCCUCGAGGAGUUCAAGGCCCAUCUGCUCCGCACCAGCGCCAGCGCCGGCGGCAAGCGGAAGCGCGAGCUCAGCCUGAUGUACUCCUCCUCCCCCGACCGCCUCAGCCGCAAGAUCGCCAAGAUCAUGGAGCGGUACAACGAGAUCGCGAGGGAUAGGGAAGCGCUCCGGCUGAGGAGCGGCGAUGGGGAGAGGCGGCACGAGAUGUGGGUAUGGGUGUGCCAAGAGUUCAAUGUCUUGGAGCUUACAAGGAAACUCACCGAAGAGGCCACGGAGUCCCCUUGUGACUUCGCCGACAUGAACCAGAUGCAUCGUGCCAUCACUAAUCAGCUGAAUGGGAAGCGAUUCUUGCUUGUUCUUGAUGAUGUGCCUCUGAAAUGUGCUGCUCCUGGGAGCAAAAUUAUAGCGACCACUAGAAGCACUAAAGUUGCCAAGAUGAUGGCUUUGAAGAUACACCAAUUGGGGUACCUGUCUGAUACCAGCUGCUGGUCUGUCUGCCAAGAUGCUGCCUUGCGAGGCCGUGAUCCCAGUAUUAUCGAUGACAGCCUUAUCCCCAUUGGUAAAUUGGUUGCAGCAAGGUGCAAAGGCUUGCCGAUGGCUGCAAAUGCAGUUGGUCAUGUUUUAUCCAGUGCAAUUGAUAGGAAUCAUUGGGAGGCUGUUGAGCAGAGCGAUUUUUGGAACAGUGAAGUGGUUGGGCAGACCCUUCCUGCUCUUCUUCUGGUCCGUCUAUGGUUGGCGCAAGGCUUUAUUGAAGCAGACAAAGAACGUCAUGCUGAAGAUGUUGUGUGCAAGUAUUUUGAUGACCUCGUGGAGAAUUUCUUUCUUCUGAGGUCACCAUACAAUGAUGAGAGGUUUGUCAUGCAUGACCUCUAUCAUGAGCUUGUUGAAUAUGUAUCAGCCAAAGAAUAUUCCAGGAUAGAGAAAUCUACAUUCAGCAAUGUAGAAGAAGAUGCUAGACACUUAUCCUUAGCUCCAAGUGAGGACCACUCGAAUGAAAUUGUGCAAUUCUAUGCACUCCAUAACCAAUAUCUGAAAGAAUCUCUUACCCCUGGCCUGCGAACAUUAUUGAUUGUUCAAAAGGAUGAUUUCAAGAGAGAAGGAAAUACUUUGUACAUAAACUUCCCAAGUGGCCUGUUCAGGCUUCUCGGGUCUUUGAGGGCUCUCGACUUGAGUAAUACCAACAUAGAGCACCUGCCACACUCUGUUGGUGAAUUGAUACACCUUAGGUACCUCAGUCUUGAAAAUACCAAAAUCAAAUGCCUACCAGAGUCAAUAAGCGCACUCUUCAAGUUGCAUUCGUUGAGUCUCAAAUGCUGCAAUAGCCUUGGUGAUUUACCUCAGGGGAUCAAAUUCCUCACUAAUCUAAGGCAUCUGGAACUGCCAUCCAUGGAUAACUGGAAUAUGUGCAUGCCAUGUGGGAUUGGUGAAUUAACAAACCUACAGACAAUGCAUGUGAUCAAGGUCGGAAGUGAUUCAGGCAGCUGUGGGAUUUGUGACUUGGUUAACUUGAAUAAACUUAAGGGAGAGCUAUGCAUCUCAGGAAUAGAAAAUAUCACAAGUGCACAAAUUACUCCUGAAGCUAGCAUGAAGAACAAAGUUGAAUUGCGCAAAUUGAUUCUCCACUGGUCUUGCGUCGACUCCAUGUUUUCUGAUGAUGCAUCCUCUGUUUUGGAUAGUCUUCAACCUCACUCUGAUCUAGAGGAAUUGACUAUCACGGGCUUUUGUGGUGUCAGAUUUCCUUUAUGGCUGGGGAAUGAGUAUAUGUUUAGCUUGUCCAUUUUACAACUAAAGAUUGCCUGA